AUGGAGAAAAGGAAGAAGAGGAAGAGGCAGAAUGAUGAUAGCAUGAACCCAGAAGAAGUCUACGAGGCUCCUCGGAAGCGCAAGAAGGGAAAGAAGCAGCAGCACCAAAGCCAGGAAGUUUCUGACCUCCAAGCCCCGAAGACCCUCAAGGCCGAUGCACAUCAGAGUCGCGACGGGGUUCAAGGCAGCCAAAAAGUCGACGAAGGCCAGUCAGCAUUCCAGAGUGCUGCGGAAGGCAAGAGUUCGGAAGGCAUGGCUCCAGUCCAUGCCAAGCGGAAGAAGAGGAAGGAGAGGGGUGGGGAGGAUGCGGGGAAAAGGCAGGAUGCAAAGCAAGAGUUUGGUGAGAAUUGGGCGGAGGGGAGUCCGAACCAGAAGCGAAAGAAAAGAGGUCACCGCAACGAGGAAAACGAUGUAGAGGAAGAGAGAGUGGAAGGGAAAGCGAGCGGGACCAAGAGCGCAAAGGCAGAGGCCGAUGGAGAGUUUCCUCAGCGGUCAGAGGAAGGCGGCCAGCAAAGCGGGGUCUCAAAGCAGAAGACCGGGAGAAAGAGGCCGGUAGCCUGUGAUGGGACUGCCGAUCAGAGAGGAGAGACGCAAAUGGGGGGCGCAGGUCAGCCAGAAAGGACGGGCGCAAAAGCAGCAGCGACCGAAAAACUAGGAUCAGGGAGGGUAGUACAGAAUGCAUGCCAGCUGUCUUUGUACGAUGGGUGGGGUGCAUAUUUUGAGGCGCGGUGGCAGAGGUUCUGGAGGGGCCCGGGGCAGCAAAGAGUUUCGUUCUUGGAAAAGGGGAUAGCAACCGAGAUGCAGAGCAGGAAGGGCCGAAGGGGACAGCAGGAAAAGCGGGUCAAGAAAGAAUCCAGCAGUCCGACAGGCGCCGGGGGUCGGACGGAUUCUGCGGUACGUGCAAAAGUGGCUCAAGGCCAACAAGCUCAGUCAGGGGAAGGGGAGGCAGGAAGGCACGUAACCCUGGGGUCUAGCUUCGUCAUUCGCGGACCCCUGCCGUGCUCCCAGCAGAGGUGCUCCGGGCAUGCCCGUUAUGCUUUCAGGAAAGAGAGGAGGCGGCUCGUGCCAGAAGUGUGCAACGCACAUAAGCUACCAGGCAUGGAGAUGCAAAAACAUGAUAUCUGUGAGGUACAAGGUUGCACAACCUGUGCGGAUUACGACUUUCCAGGAAAGAAGACAAGGAGCAGGACUGGGGGAAGAUGCUUCGGGAGACCGCAAACGGGGCCAAUGAUGGAAUGGGGCUCGAGGGGCAGUGGCGCCGGGAGUCUCGCUUCGGAUUCUGAGGACGAUGCCGACUUGUGCGACGACUGCGGCAGUGCGGAGAACCCGGAGUUAUUGCUGCGGUGUGCGGGGGCGGGGUGCGCUACGACCGUGCACGUGUAUUGCUGCGGAGAGGAGAUGGACGAGAUGCCAACUGGCGCCUGGCUGUGUGGCGAGUGCAAGAAGGGGAGGCACGGGGGAAGAACUAGAGAUGGGGAGAGGGGGGGGCGAGGGCCGAACGGGUUCGUUAUCCGCGGCCCGCCGAAGUGCUGUGGGGUUUUGUUGGGUGCGGCAAGAGGCUUCGAUUUUGUACCCAGCAUAAAGAACAAGGGAUGCAGUGGGCGUGACUCGGGUACUUUGGCCGGGAGGAGGCUCAGGAUCUGACGCAGGAUCCGUGAACGCCGCUGAGCGGUCCACAUCGGACGCCCGGGCCCCUGGCGGCUUGGGGAGACGGUAGAAAAAGAGAGGAGAGAACGCCGGUCGAAGGCUUCGCCGGCAAGGGUCUCGCAUGGACCAAGGCAGAUAGAGUUCUGCAAAUGAAGUAGCAAAGCCGAUACAAGAACGUUAGGCUCUUCGCUCGGCCUCUGUAGGGGGACAGUCUCGACCAUCCUCGCCAUUGUAAGCGUCGCAUUCUCCAUCCGCUUGCAAGGGAAGGGCGAUCUGAAGAUUAGCCGCUUGCUUACAGAGUGUUCCGGCCUGAUCAGCAGGAUUUCCGGCGUUGGGAAGUUGGAAGCACAUUUUCUUCUCACCAUCACCAGCUUCAGCUUUUGGACUCAGCUCAGAGUUCCUUUUAAAGCUAGGCUGAGGCCCGAAGUGCGUGCCUAGAGUAUCUGCAAGAUUGGACGCCAAGAUUUCCAAGCCUAGGAAGACCCGUUUCUAUAGCUUUUUGCAGCGAAUCCGCCUUCCGCAGAUUACAAUGUAAACACGGGGAAGUCGGUGUGAUCAUAGAACGAGCAGCACUGAGUUACUUGUUCUCCAUCCGGGCUAGAGAAACUUUGGACACAGGUCGUGAUCCUGGCGCUUCUUCAUGCUCGGGCCUAAGCGAACGCUAAGCGAGCGAAUUCCAACGUCCGCAGAGGUCGAGGAGAUUGAAUGCACUGCAGCACAUAUUAUUGGUUUCGGCAGGCCAGUCACCUUCCUUAUUUACUGUUGUCAACCAUUUGUUCGUC